UCGUCGCGCUUGGGCCCUCCGGGCUACGCCGCUCCCCAGCGCUCCGGGCUGCUACGCGGGUCGGAGCCCUAGGCCGCCUCCACGGGGACCUCUGAGCACGCAUGGACCUGCCCGCGCCCGGCGGGAAGCGGCCAGGCUGGAGGUGGCCGGGGCGGCGGGGCAGGGCCGAGGCAGCGGGCCCGUGAGCGCGCGCCCUGCAGGCCGGGCCGCAGCACCAUGAUGCCCGGCGAAACGCACCCGGCGGCGCCCGGGCCAACCGAACUCGCGCGGUGUCAGGGUUGCACCUCCCUGCAGCAGAACUUAAAUGAAUAUGUUGAAGCAUUAAUUGCCUUGAAACAGAAAAUUAUUAAUACAGAUAACCUGCUGACGGAAUAUCAGAAGAAAUGCGACGAACUGCAGUUUGCAAGAAGAGAGAACAGCAUGCUGCAUCACCAAGUGGAGCAGAUGCUUCAGAAAAUCUCCCCUCUGCAGAAAUGCCAAGAGGAGCUGGACGUCUUGAGAGCAGAGCUGGAGGAGAAAAAGAGUUCCCUGAAGCUGUAUCAGAACACUCACCAGGAAUACGCUCGUGUGAAAGAAGAAUGCUUGAAAAGUGAUGCCCAGAAGAAGAAGCUGGAGGCUAAGGUGAAGAAGCUGGAAGAGGCUGCUGUCAAACACACUCAGGACUUCAAGCAAUUGAGAAACGAAAAGAAAAUACUUGAAAAGGAAUUUAAGAAGACACAGGAAAGGUUUGAUGAAUUUUCCAAACAGAAAAAUGAGAAGGAGUUGAGACACAUUGGAACACAGAUCUCAAGUGAUUCUCCUGGAAGCAUAGAUAAAAGGAAGGUGAAAGUUCUCCUGAAAGAACUGUGGCUCUGUGUGAACACGGCUCCCAGGCUGUCCGGGGAGAGUGGCAGGCGCGUCCCAGAAAACCCUGCCAAAGAAAACAGUGUAUCCAGAACUCCUGGGGAAGAUGAGUUGCUCCCGGUGCAAGGCAGUCCUGCCAGGACCUCUGAUAUGCGUUCUUUCUUCACCAAGUUGUCUAUGGAGAUGGAGGGUGACCUGACUUCCUCUGAAAGUGUAGAAGAAGAGCAGCCCAGUGGAACGAGCCCUAGCACUGAGCAUGCUCUUCAUGAAGAGAGUCAUCCUGAAGUCUCGGGGCAGAGGAGGCCUGGUGAUGGCAACAGUGACCUCGGCAGGACCAACAUCUGUGACCAUGGACACUUUUUUGACGAUGAUCUGCAAGCUGCAAUUGACUUCUUCAAACUUCCCCCUCCUCUUCUGUCUCCAGUGCCCUCGCCCCCUCCGAUGACAUCACCACACCUCUCUUCCUCCCUGGCACCUGAAUCCUACUUUGGAGAAUUCACAGACUCCAGCGACAGUGACUCCGUCCCACUUAGAACCUCUGUGGAAUCAGCAUUAGAAGAAUACACAGCGGAGACUCAGCGUUACUUGGCAUUGCUUGAAAAGCUUAAAAGGAGUGAUACAUACAUGGGACAGCCCAGAUCACAGGAAGUUGCCCCAGCUCUAAACAAACUGGCACCUGUUGGAUUUGAUACCAGAAGAGUAGCACUGGGAGAGCCCUCGGCCACAUCUUCUCUAGCUCGGGGAAGGCACUGGAUAGCAUCCCCUGAAUUUGUGAGGGAUAGGAGAGACAUCGUAGAAGAGGCAGAAGGAAAGGUAGAGGCCCGGGAGAUGGAUAAACCUGUUCGAGUUGGGAAAGGGCUGCUUAAGCAUAACAGGAGACUGUGGGUGGAGAGGGCGUCCAGAGGCUCAUCAAGAAAGAAGGUAGCCAGAGCUGGGGAAUCAGAGGUUGGUUCUUCUCCCUUUGGCAAGAGGACAUUCAAUGAACUCGGAGGAUCUGAAGGAAAAACCCUGUCAUCAAAAGCAUUCUGCUCACCCCGGUCAGAAUUUACUAAAUGGACACUCACCAGUGAAUUUGCUUCCAAGUCACACCACGUGUUGGGCUCUGGCCGUUUUCAGAGAAAGGAAAAAGAUGCGCAGGAGUCUCCUCUGGAAUCGGGUGUUGGUGCAGCUGCAGCGGGGCGUGACCAUUCAGCCAGUCCUCCUUCCGCUUCUACCUCUGCACCAGGGGCCCUCUACAGUAACCAUAAGGCAGGUGCCCCAGACCUGCAUCGUUCCAAACAAAAGUCACCAACUAGAACUUCAAACACAUUUCUUCUGUGGUCUGAGCCAGCAGCACGUUUUCCAAAAGAAAAUGACCCAGAAAACAGCUUGUCUGCCUUGAGCCCCAAGUCAAAAUUAGGAGCAUCUACAUUUAGUGAUCUGAAGAACAGGGGCCCGGAACCUUUAAACAUUUUUAAAAGCACAGGGAAGGCACACUCAGUUCCCCAGUCAGUAUUUCAAAAGCCAAUGAGAGGUGGGCAGUGUGGAGGUCGAGGCCGGAUUACACUGCCUAAGUCCGACUGGACUUCCUUAGCACAUUCCCAGGCUGGCUUCACCAGGAGGAGCCUCAGGUCUGCUGACAGCUCGUCAUGGCACCGUAGUGACGUACUAAGGAGAGGUGGCCAGGGCAACCCAGGAGCUACCUCAGAACACCAGCAAAAGACCAGGCUUCAGCCAGAGAAGGCAGGGUCAGCCUCACAGAACAGCAGAUGGACAGCUGUGCUUGGACCUCCUGGAGAAAGUACCAUCCCUCUGGAAUUCAAAGCAGCUGCUGCUUUGCUGCCAAACCAAGUGUCAGUCAUAACAAAGCAGGCAAGACCCGAGAAGAUGCAGAGUAGUAACCUGGAACGCUGGCAGCCACGUGGGAGCGCACUGACUCCUUCUACAGACAGUGAUGAGGAGACAAAUCCAUCGUUAUCAGAGUGUGAUGGAGAUGAGGAUCCCAUAGCACAGGGCACUGAGGAGAUAGCUGAUGAGGAAAGCCCUUCUCCAGAAGUAUCUCUAAGUGACUCCAUGCCAGCAGAGAAUUUUGGUUCUUCUACAGAUAAGUUACUUUUUUCCUCUGAAGAUAGCCUCAUCCAGAGCCAGUGUGUCAUGAAAGAUCUCCUGCAGAAGCUCAGGAAGUCUCCCCACACUACACAGUCAGGUGCCAGUAGUCUGGAGGCUGAGAAGCUGCUUCCAGCUGAGGUAACAUCCAGAGACUGUUCUGCUGGACAGAUGCCCUGUGGAGCUCAUCACCAGGCAAACACUGAGGCCCCUGUAAUUGCAAGAGAUUCUCGUAGUAUUCCACAGAAUGCCAGUACACCUCCCACAGUGCCAAGCAGGCCUCUCCUCAGAACCCAGGUCCCCACUAGCCCUGUCUGUCCUUCAGGUCUUGGGAGUGCAGAUGAGGAAACACAGAGUACCUCCCAAAGUAGGCCGCUUCUCAGAACCCGGGUCCCCACCAGCCCUGUCUGUCCUUCAGGUCUUGGGAGUGCAGAUGAGGAAACAUGGAGUACCUCCCAAAGCAGGCCGCUUCUCAGAACCCGGGUCCCCACCAGCCCUGUCUGUCCUUCAGGUCUUGGAAGUGCAGAUGAGGAAACACAGAGUACCUCCCAAAGCAGGCCUCUCCUCAGAACCCGGGUCCCCACCAGCCCUGUCUGUCCUUCAGGUCUUGGGAGUGCAGAUGAGGAAACACGGAGUACCUCCCAAAGUAGUCUUCCUGGGGCUUCCUGCUGCUACACCGGCGUCAGGGAGCAGCGAGAGGACACUGAGGGAGAGGACGAGGCCUUCAGCUAUAGUGAGGGAGAGCAGGAGGCUGAAGCUGUGACGGGGCGCCAACCGCAGGAUGCAGCGGGAGACUCACAGAGACAUUUGGGAGACCCAGAGGCCAGGGUGGAUGUGGCUGGUCGUGCCUCAGAUGUAGGUGAUCUGACCUCAGCACUGCAGGAAUGUAACUUAAGCACCUUUCUUUACAUAGACAAGCUUUCUACAUCAGAGGUUGUUAUGUUUCUUGAAAGUUGUCAGUUAAGGGAUUAUAGUUCAAGGGCCUCUGUUUCAGAAUGUUCUAGCAGAGGAACCCUAAAUAAUGAAAUGAACAAAGAGUUCAAGCAGGGCGAAGUCUUCAGAGAGAACCAUGGGAAGAGGUUCAGUGAAGAAAUGCUCAGAGCCUCCUCGGAAGAGCGGGUCGAGUCAGAGGGAGACAACUGCCAUGUCAGGAAUUCAAGCCAGCAUGCUCAGGGUCCGCUGGAAAUGCCAUCUGAUAUUCUCCCCAAGGCCACAGAAGAACUCCAUGCAAGCCGUGGGGACUGCAGUGAGACAGAUGCUGAGCAUGUGUUGCUCUUAAGUACUCAUCACAGCCAGGCAGCUGAAGAUCGGGUAGAAAACACUCGCCCUGAGGAGACAUCCAGCUCCGUGUCCCACACUGCAGAGUUGCCUGAACCAGCCGCUGUGGAUGCUGGAGGCAGCUCCCCCCUAAGUGGCAGGUCUGACCCUGAGCACAUUCCGAGCAGAUCUGAGGAUGAGACCAAUUAUGAGGGGUGCCCCAGCACUGGGGAGGAGGGCCUGGCAGAGCCUGGGGAGCUUCUGGCCCUGAGCUCUGACUCUCUACCUCCACCAAGGACAGAGCAGAGCUCAGACUGUGUGACAGAGACAGCAUUUCGCUAUCAAAUCUCUGCAGUGACCUCAGAAGUUAUAAGUGUACUUAUAAAUAAGGAUCAGGACCUCGUGAUUGAGAAGGGGGACAACUGGACUAUCAUCAGUGGCGUCGCCAUCUCCCCUGGUAUGGAACAAGUCGUUUUGUGUGACACUCUCGAAGCUUUUGCUCCUCAGGACCUGGGAGGCCUAGACAGUGACUAUGUGGAGAAGUCCCCUGAAGCCAGUCCUGCCAGCCCUCUGCCUCAAGGGUCUCCGUGUGGUGGCGGUUUCUCUGCUGCCCGGGAGGAUGUUUCCAGCAGUGGCCAGAAUGCCAACUUUGAUAAGAGUCGUCUUCGGAACAGACCUGUGAAGCCUAGCAUCUGGAUUCGUUCUCAGAUAUAUGACCAGACGCUUGAGACCGAGAAAGUUGCAUCUGAUCACACAUAUUAUAACUGGAAAUUAGAACCACUUGGUAAGAAUAGGACUCGAUCAAAGAUUUCCAGCAAAGAUCAAUCAAGCAAACUGGCAAAGACCCCGGGACUCACCAGAGGGGAAGUGCAUCUGAAUGAAGUCCCUCAGCCAGUAUUAGGGGAAAGAACAAACACAAAAAUGUCAGGAAGCCAAGUUCAGUCCACCAUGGCAGGUGCAGAUAUGUCCACCCCUGCCAACUCUUCCCCUGAUACUCUGAGCAAGAUCCGGCAAGAAGUGGGGCCUCCAUUGCCUCCUUUGCUCCCCCCACUGAUAGCCACCCCUCCAAGGACAUCACGGCCACUGUCUCCUCUGAUACCAAGUUCUAGUCCGUCCUCACUAGCCUCACCUGCUGGCCGUGUUUCCCCCUUGCGUGAAAUUGCAGGGCCUCCUGUGCUGUCUCCGUGGCCUGAGGAGCUCCAGCAGCCUUCCCCACUGGAUGCCUCCCCAUCCCCAUCUGCUGCAGCAGCCAGCGGAAGGGUAGUGUCUUCUCCUUUGCAGUUCUGUGCUGCUACGCCAAAGCAUGCGCUGCCCGUGCCUGGCCGACUCCCAUCCUGUGCGCCUGGCCAUGCUGCUGUGAGUGGGCCACAGGAAAACUCCGUUAAGAUCCUUGACACGAUGUACCCAGAGUUAUCUGCCAGGGCCCGGACCCUCAGCCUCCUCAAAGGGAACAUGCAGCUGUCCCGAGGCUGCUCUGUGGAUGGGAAGGUGUUGCCCGGUCGCGUCAGUGCCCUGCUGGGACUCAAAGCCAUCACCUCCACGUCCACUGCGUUUGUCCUGACGGGGGGCAGCUCUGGUGGUGACAGUAGCCAAGGUAAGUCACAAGACUUGGAUGCACGGCAGGAUGCAGGUAGGAAAAGAACAUUGGCAGCAUCCAUGCUAAGAAGUGCUAAAAGACUGCGGCUGGAGAGAGAGUCCCCGGAGCCAAGCACCAGCCAGGUCACUGCAGAAGGCGUCCCCGAGGAUCCCCCCGGAGGCACCGCACCGGCCGAGCUUGUCCCAGCUGAGGAAGAGCACACGGCUGCCCUGGUCUGCAGUCCAGCAUCACAGCUGCGUGUCAACCCACGGGAGAUGGCAGAGUCCUAUAAUACGGCCAUCACUCGGGCUCUGAGGAAGAUCGCUGAGUCCUCCUUUGACCUGCUGCCUGUCAUUCGCAGUCACGUGUACGUGGGAAAUAUCUCCAGAAAGCCUGUCAUGAGAGAUCAAGAGAAGGAAGUUGUUUAUGAAUUUAGCACCACAAACAAGCAUUUAGGAGAAUACUUACUUCGCUCUAUUCUCUCAGAGCUAAAGGUUCAGAAGACAUCUCUUGACCACAGUUACAUCCAUGCACUGUGCAGAGUAUAUGUGGGCAUUUGUCGGCAGCUUGGAGACUUGGAAAGAGCUCGCUUGUUCUGUUACAGCCUUCUGAAAGAAGAUUUUCCAGAAUCUGAGAAGUUGACUCUGUUCAUUGCCAACAUGUGGCGUGAAGUGUUUCUCUCCCAGUCAGCUGUUAGUGAGGCCAUGCAGCUGGUCGCCCGGCAGCGGGCCAGAGGAGAGGUGCUGAACUGCCUGAGGGCAUUCCUCAGCUGGGAAAAGAAUGCUCCUAUAGAUGUUGGAAUCGUGGUUUCUAAGCUGCUUUUGACCAUACAGCUAUGCCCCAAAACAGAAUUUCAGUCCAGUGAAGAAUUUGGUGAAGACUUAAGUACAAACAUUUGGGAAUACAUAUUUGCCAUUGAUCUCCUCUGCUGCCACCAGAGGUGGAUUUGGACACAUGAUAACAUCAUAAGUAAGGAGCUGUGGCCUGUAAUGGACAAGUGGAUCAAGUACAGGAAAGGACAUUCGAACAUUGCAUACACCCCUGAUGUCAUCGUAGCGUCUGUACUGAGACUGAUCGGUCGAUUAGGCCAGUUGGGUUUGAAGGAAGGAUUUCCAACUGCCGUGAAGAAUAUCAGCUCGGUUAUUGGUAUGUUCAUACAACAUGCUCAGGAUGAAGAUAUCCCAUGGGGUGUUCAGCUUGCAGCUGUUUAUGCCCUUUGUGACUUGAGUCCUAGCAAUCCAGCAGAGACAGCCAGGAUCCUGGAAGCUUGGCGGACACAGACUUCCAACACUAUUCCAUCUGCAAUCGUCAGCUGCCUGGAAGAAGUUGGAUCCCUGAGUGUUGAGCGCUCAGCUGGCUCCACAAGUUCAGGAGACUCUGCACCCUGAGAGCUGGGGGUUCAGCUCCCUGAGAUGAGAAGGUCACCUGAAGGUCAUGGUCACUGUGCAGAGAAGUGCCUUGACACCUCUUGUUGUGAAGGAUUAACCUGCCUUUAGCUAACUGAGGUCCAGCAGAGGAAGGCAUACAGCAGAGGGCAGUGCAAGGCUCUCACGUGGACUGUGUACAGACGGCAAGUCUGAGGCGGCAGCAGAGCCCUGUGGGCUCUGCACAGGGACAGCCCUGUGGGGUAUGUGCGUACAGACAGUGCUGUCUAUGAUGUGUCUCACAUUGGAUGAUAUUCCACUUUCGGAAUUUUUGUAUUUGUAUAUAGAAAUGGGUUCAAUAACUCACUGUGAUUCCGAUUUGUCUUAUAUUCAUCAUUUCUUAAAACUCUUGUAUGUGUUUUUAUAAUAAAAAAUAAAAGCAAGCCAUAUA